AUGGGCUGUACCGUGUACUUGUAUAUUGCCCUGCUGUGCUGCAUGGUAUGGAAGGCCACUCUGGAGGAAAGCAACGUGUCCAUCCGGACAUGGGGGGUGUACGUGAGCGACUUCGAGGACAGUCUCUUCUGGUCAGUGCCGUGCACGACGCUGCGCUACGACGGUAACGGGACGUCUUUCACAUGUGACAAACCUGUUGCCGGCCGAUAUGUGGGCAUCAUGAACCUCCAUAAGCCCAUUACAGUAUGUGAGGUGGAGGUAUUCACCUGCAAUGGAACGUACGGAAGGAACUGUGUUCAUCGUUGUGGUCGGUGUCGUGGUGGAGAGGCAUGUGACACAAGCACAGGGGAAUGUCGUAACGGCUGCGGAACCGGGUGGACCGGACCGACUUGUCACGCCAAGUGUCCCAUCGAUACUUAUGGCGAAAACUGCAGUGAAACUUGUGGUCAUUGUCUAGAAGGAACUUCGUGUUUUCCAACAAACGGAACAUGCGUGAAAGGAUGCGCAUCAAGAUGGAAAGGUCCUAAAUGUGAUCGUUCAUGCGACUUCGGGGAAUACGGGGAAAACUGUGCCCUCAACUGCAGUCACUGUGUUUCAAAUACAGGCUGUGACAGUCAACAUGGGCGAUGUGUAGCUGGAUGCGAACCUGGCUGGGAGGGCGUGUUCUGUACAGUUGAAUGCAUGCCUGGUCGGUACGGGCCUGACUGCAACCAGACGUGUGGGAAGUGUCUUCACCCUCCUUGUGACCGACACAACGGAAGCUGUGGCACUACAGGCUGUCUGCAGGGCUGGUCUGGUGCCACAUGUCAUCAAUCUUGUGACAAGAGUUACUAUGGCGCCAACUGUGUUUCCAAGUGCGGACAUUGUGCGGACGCCGUUCAGUGCGACCUGACGAACGGCACAUGCCCUUCUGGAUGCGAACCUGGAUGGCACGGUGGCAAGUGCGAUCACACAUGCUUGGACGGAACAUGGGGAGACAACUGUUCCGAGACAUGUGGGCUGUGUCAUCGGAACGAGGCUUGUAACCCCGCGACAGGUCUGUGUGACGAAGGUUGUUUUGUUGGAUACUCCGGAACAUAUUGUAAUAUAGAAAAGGAGUUCUUUGACCUGCCCAGCGCUACAGUCAUGCCGGUGAUGGUCGUGUCGGCAUCCAUCGUCUUCUGUAACCUCUGCCUCCUCUUCACCUGCCUUGUCUUCAAAUGGAGGAGGGACGAGAAGCAGAUACCACGCCCUGGGACAAACACCGAGGCCCUUCUGACCCCUGAGGCUGGGUAGCAUCAGGCUCAGAGACCUUAGGCUGAGUGGAAAGACUGACCAAGACAAAGACUGUAUUGAAGACCAUCUGUCAUUUUAUCAGUGCCUUUGGAGUGAGUGAGUAUGGUUUUACGCCGUUUUUAGCAAAUUUCCAGCAAUAUCACGGCGAGGGACACCAGAAAUGGGCUUUACACGUUGUACCCAUGUAGGAAAUCGAGCCCGAGUUUUCGGCGUGACGAGGGAAGGCUUUAACCACUAGGCUAUCCCACCGCCCCAGCGCCAUUGGAAUUCCGUAAUCACUGCUGCUGCUCUGUAUCUGAAAUGAGUGAGUGACGUAGGUGGCGACGAGCAGAAUUUAUCUAAUGGCUUGACAGCUUUAUAUGUGAGGAAGCCGACUCUGAGGUAUCACUUAUCACUUUGAUUAAAACACUGAACGAGGGUGUUAUUUUCGAUAAACAAUUAUCAAGAUGUGGG